AUGGCAAAGAUGAAAAAGACUGGCGGUGUCAUGUGUAAAGUUUGUCAUCAGACUAUGGGACCCAAAGAGCUUCAUCACGACUUCCUGCAGAAUAUGAUGGAACUGAAGGAUGAUCGGCGGUUCCAUAAUCUAACACAACAUCAAGUGGAGACUCUAGAUCAGGUUCUUACAGAGGUCAUUCCUAUUCAUGGCAGGGGUAACUUUCCCACCUUAAAGAUUAAACCCAAGGACAUCAUUCACAUUGUCAGAGACAGACUGGUUUCUAAGAAUAUCAAGGUGAGAGAUGUCCGUCUCAAUGGCUCCACAGCAAGUCAUGUCCUUGUCAAGGAGAAUGGUACUAGUUACAAGGACUUAGACAUUAUCUUUGGUGUGGAGCUUUCUAAACAAGAAGACUUUCAGAUCAUAAAAGAAGUUGUUCUGGGGUGCCUCCUGGACUUUUUACCACAAGGAGUUAACAAGGACAAAAUCACAGCUCUCACUAUGAAGGAGGCUUAUGUACAGAAAAUGGUUAAAGUCUUUACAGAGUAUGACCGAUGGAGCCUUAUCUCUCUCUCCAAUAACAGCGGUAAAAAUGUGGAGCUUAAGUUUGUCAGCUCUCUGCGACGGCAGUUUGAAUUUAGUGUAGAUUCCUUUCAGAUAAUCUUGGACACUAUGUUGGAGUCCUACCUUGAGGCUGAAAGAAGGGAGGCUGCACAACUCAAGGAGAAAGAACUGAAGGCUUCCAUGAGUCCGAGCACUGACUUAGGGUCAGUUAUAGUGGCAGAAAGCAUGUAUGGAGACUUUGAGCAAGCCAUGGACCAUCUGCGUUACAGGCUAAUUGCAACACGCAAUCCAGAGGAGAUCCGGGGUGGUGGCUUGCUUAAGUAUAGUAACCUACUGGUUAGAGAUUUCAAACCUGCCAGUGAGACAGAAAUUAAAACUCUAGAGCGUUAUAUGUGUUCACGCUUUUUUAUUGACUUUCCAGAUGUGAAUGAGCAACAAAGGAAGAUUGAGUCCUAUCUACGAAAUCACUUUAUUGGAGAAGAGAAAAGCAAGUACGAUUACUUAAUGACACUACGACGAGUGGUCAAUGAAAGCACUGUGUGCCUGAUGGGGCACGAACGACGACAAACACUCAAUAUGAUUACCAUCCUGGCUCUCAAAGUCCUGGGAGAGCAGAACAUUAUACCCAACACCAACAAUGUCACCUGCUACUACCAGCCUGCUCCAUAUAUGACCGACCACAAUUUCAGCAACUACUACAUAGCCAAUGGGCAGUCUCAAAUUAUAUAUCACCCAUAUCCUCUUCAUAUACACAUGCAAACUGGACUGGUUUAACAUUGGGCAUGAUGUAUGCAUGGGCAGAAGAUACUGGGCAGAAAUAUGACCUCCUGCAACCUAAAAUGGCCACUACAAAUAAAAUCCUCAUAAUGAGAGAAAGCCCUAGCAUGUUGAAUUGAAUACACUGAAUUAAAAACAUAUUUUGAGUGCGUUAAAAAAAUAGUUUUGACUGUAAAUCAGGGAGUGACUGUGGUUUUUCAAUCAUUGGGUUUAUAGUGCAAUUCAAUGGACACACAUCUGUUCCUAGAUUAAAAGUCUAAGACUAAAUACAUAAAAACAUUAGACAUAAAGGAGAUAAAGCAAAGCCUCCAGACUGUCUGAAACAUUGCAAGAUGGGUUUUAGAAAAGCAGGGCUUAGUGGGUGAGAAUGUCUUAAGGUUAAGAAUGAAUGCUAUUUACCUGGAGUGUUUCCUUCUGUUAUCCUUUAAAUAUAAAUUUUAAGCUUAAUUUGCUAAGUGGAAAACAUAUGAAAACAUUAAAAAAAACUGAAUUAAUCUGCAUUAAAAUGGUAAUUUUGAAGCAGUCACACUGUUAGAUAUAGUUAUUUAGAUACAAUGGCAUUUUAAUCUCUUUUCUUUUUUUUUUCAAAGUUUAAAAUUCUCAAGACAAUUUAUGUAAGAAUCUCCAGUCCAUAUACCAUUUUACAUGCAAAAAUGUGGGAUUUUGGAGUGUGGCUUUAACUGCAGAUCUUCCAAUGCAUCUGCAGAAAUUAUAAUCAAUAUUAUUAUGUGUUAUAAAGGCUUUAUGAGGUCCGUAUUCAAUUUAUUCCUAUUGUAUGUUUUUAGAAACAAUGCUAAGUACUCUAUGACUCAUGGCUCAGUUCCGCGCUGAUUUCAACCAGCCGCAUGAUUGAUUGCAGAUGUAAACCAGUGUGAAAUUUUGUGUGAAAGUUAAAUGUUUGUAUCUCUUCAGCCUUUUAUUGUCACUGGCUGUGUAGUGUCCAUUGGGUUGUAUGUCCAGAAUGUAAACUAUGUUUUUGGAUUGAUGUCAAAAUCUUUGUAGAGGACAGUGAAAUAUUGUCACAAAAUGUUACUGCCAGAUUUCAACAUAUGAAGACUUGAGUUGUACUGGAAUCCAAUGAUCUAGUGAUGAUGAGAGAGAAAUAUUUUACUGAUGCAUAUAUGUGUCUUAUGAGCAUCUGUGAUGCACAAAGUCAACUUUAUAGAAUGAAGCAUAAGCAGUUUGGGUUUUAAUAACCAUAUGAUGCAUAUUCAGCCUCAAAGAAAGCAACAGUUUCAAACAGCUGAAGGCAUGGUGGAACUCUGGGCUCCUAACAUGGAUGCAUGUGUGAAAAUAUCUACUUAUCAGGAAUUUUUUUUACAUGUUGGUAACAAAAACACAUCUAUUUUUCCAAGAAAAAAAAAAAAUAACAGCUUACAGAGUACAAAGAGUUUGUGCCAACUGCAUAAACACAUAAAUAUAAGUAACAGCUAAAUAUAUAGAUUAUAUGCAAAGUAUAAGUUGUUGGCAUAGAUUUUUAAAGGAUAAAAAAAACUUAUGUCACUGUUCACAACUUGUAGGUUUCCCUUUUUUGUGAGGUCCUAGAUUGAAAUUUAAAUUUGUGAAGUAUUAUACCUUACUGUAUAUUGACUUGAAGUCCCUUUUGCUGUCUUGCCUUGAUGUUUUUGUCCACUUUCUAAAUAUGGCCUUAAUGCCAAAAUCUUUAGUAACACUGUGCUUAGAUAUAGGGUUAAAUGAAUUUUAACUGUCUACCCAAGCAAGACUUGUAAAGAUACCUAAAGAACAGUUUGUGACCAAAGAUGGGUUUUGUAGGAAAACAUAAGUGCCUAAAAGAAGGUCAUUUGUAUGUGACCUAAGAAAAAUUAAACAAAAACAAAAGAAAGACAGAAAAGGGA